UUAUAUAAUUGUGUAUACACGCGGUAUUGUGUUUUUAGGAUAAAGACUGCACAAUGAUGGAAUCACCUCUCUCACACAAACUGUCUCCGCCGCGAGCCCAUACUAGCCCAGGACCCACCCCAGGGACAAUCAGCCUGACCCACGGGAUGAUUGCUACAGUGAAUCAACACAACAGCCUCUUGAGCAAACUCCACAAACCAACGACCUAUAGUUCUCCCCCUCCCGUGGCCUGCAACCCCGACAAUAAUGUCUGCAAAGUCAUAACGUACCGUGGAGAAAAAGUGGCCGCUUUUACGGUGAAUGGUAUCGAACUCAUCUGCCUCCCCCAGGCAUUUGAACUUUUUCUGAAACAUUUGGUAGGGGGCCUACAUACCGUGUAUACAAAGUUGAAGAGACUGGACAUCACCCCAGUGGUUUGCAAUGUGGAACAAGUUCGAAUCCUCCGUGGACUUGGGGCCAUUCAACCAGGGGUCAACAGAUGUAAACUCAUCUCCUGCAAAGAAUUCGACGUUUUGUACGAUGAUUGUACCAACUCAAGUGCGAGGCCAGGUCGACCCCCCAAAAGGAGUCCCUCCAUCCAUGCCAGCCCAGAAACUCUGGAGAAGCUGAAGAAAUGUCGAGUGGACGGGGACUAUCCCUUUGACCCACGCCUCUAUGACAGGAAAGCAUUCCUGAAUGGAUUCGCACAUCACCCUUACAUGGGACCGCUUGCCCCAUUUAUGCCUAUGAACCCAGUAAACAUUAUGACCCCACCGGUAUCCUUGGCGAUGGCAACCCACCUCGGACUGCGACAUGAAGGCUCCAUUAUCAAAGACCGCUCAGAUUCUGACCUUAUAUCACCUAGAAUCCGGGAUGAGAGAAUGGACAGUUCUAUUAAAGGAAGUCACAUGACUUCCCCUCAUUAUGAUUCAGACAGACUCCGAAGUUUGGACUAUGACAAUAACAAACCUUUGAAUUUACAAGUAAAUGGUCACGCCAAAGAUCUCUCUACCAAGUACCAUGGGAAAAGCGAUGAUGAUGAGGAUGACGAUAGAUUCUCCGACGAUCAGCAAGAUGACUUGGAAGACAGUUUGGCAGGAAGUGACUCCUUGAAUGGGAGCGACCUCGGGGACAAAGUGGCCCCUCAAGUCUCCUCGUUCCAAUCCCAGCUCCAGAACGGGGAAAUCCCAAACAUCUCCUCCAUAGAAACCCUUCUCCUGAACAUCCAGGGUUUGCUGAAAGUUGCCGCAGAGAAUGCCCGCCACCAUGAGAGGCAACUGAGCAUUGAGAAAACUGAGCUUAAAAUGGAAUUACUCAGGGAGAAAGAAAUGAGAGAAGGUCUUGAGAAGCAGCUCUCAGAAGAACAGAAAAACAAAGCUCUUUUAUUACGACGAAUUAAGAAAGAGAAGCGUGCACGUCGAAGACUUCAGGAACAAAUGGGUGGCACUCAGAUCGAAGAAAGCAAAAAUAUCAUCAACGAUGCAGCCAGCGUCACCAGCCAAGAGUCUGACAAACACACCCCUGAUACACCAAAUGAAAAAGAGACAGAGAAAGAGAACAAUUCUGAGUCAGAAAGGAGAUCUUCAGAUGUUCCACAGGAAAGACCAAGUCACCUUUUUGAGAAUUUCAUCAAUCACAACAACAACAACAACACACGAUUUCCCUACAUGACGCCCCUCAAGGGAGAGGUUCAGUAGAGGGGGCCCCUGGUCGACAACAGUCGAACUGUACAAGUACACCACCUUUUUAAAUGGAGAGGACCCCUGUAGGUUCCCCAGCAUUUAGUUGUUCUCAAACAGCAUAACACAGACAAUAGACAAUGUUGUAGAUUGGGAAGGCCUCUAAUACUCACCUCCAUGCCAAGGACCGAUUUAUUUAAGCAUCAUCUACCGAGCAAUCAAAAGCCACAGGAGAGUUUUGCUUGUGUUUUUUUGUUAGAGAGCUAGCCAAGUAGAUCUGUUCUGUUUAGCCAAUUUCAAGCUUGUCCAUGCCAUGUAUGAAAAUUUGUAAAAAUCUAGAUUAGUUCAUUGUUUCUCUAUUUGUUGUAUAUAAGAUUUUUUGAUGUACUUGAACACAUUAGUUUAUAUGACAUUACAAUAACUUGUGCUUUAAUACAUUAAUGUUAAUGAGUUCUUCUGUACGGAUGGGUUUUUUGUUCCCUUGUCUUUUAGAAGUUUUACAAAGGAAAUUUGUUUGAUUUCAUUGUUGGGUUAUAAUGUAAUGGUGCUUAGUUUGCUUUGGAUUUAUGGCUAUAUUCGACCACAAAAAAAUACAAAAAAUUGUUCAAAGGUCUGUUUUGGACUGUAAUCAUGAGUGUGAAAAGUACCGAUUGUUUUAUCCUAGCCUGAUCAAUUAUUUUCAGAGUAUCCGUUGUUGUCAUAUGUGAGAAGACAGUGCAAUAUAUGUCCUAUUGUGUUUAGUUGUUUUAGGUGCUACAUUCAUUGAUGGUAUCGUGUAUAUAGUACAAGCCGCAAUCAAUCCGGAAAGAGUCCAUUGUUUGUUUGAAUUUUGUAACAUAGUCACGUGUAACUGAAUAUAUGAUGAUGACAUUCCUCAUUCUGUCAGCAACAAAAAAACAUUAAAAGGAAAUUAUAAACCAG